AUGCGAGAAAAGUUGUCCCACGCGAAACAGUUUUUACAACCGAAUUACGAGUGGUGUGGCGUCCUCUUAAAGAAAAUUGAUCACAUUGAUAAUGCUGCAAAUAAAAACACUACAAAGAGAUGCAAUGAUGGAUCAUUGAAGCAAAACACUGGUAGUUCUUUAAAACAGUCGGAUAAAAAUAACCAAUUAAAACAACCAGUUUUAGAAGAUUUUUUGAACAACAAAAAAUUAACUAGUCAAAGUACUUUAGAUCAACUAUUGCAGAAAUUUAUUGUAAGUGCUAAUGUUCCCUUCAGAAUAAUAGAAAAUCCUGUUUUGAAGGAAAUAAUUGGUAGAGGUUUCCCAAACAAAAAAAUUAUGUCUCGACCUACACUAAUGAAAACGAUUGAAAAUGAUUUUCAAGACUUAUCAUUAAAAAUGAAAUUUGAAAUGUCCAAAUGUGCCCAUAUUGCUACGACUGCGGACGGCUGGUCGAUUUUUAAAAAAUCAUACAUUGGGAUAACGGUCACGUGGAUUAAUGAGGAUUUAUCGAGAAGUACUCGUCUUUUAGCAUUGAGACGACUAGAAGGUUCACACACAUAUGAUAUUUUAGCCAAAGCUAUGGAUGCAGUUUAUACAGAGUUCGAAAUUUCAGAUAAAUUAUCUUACUGUACUACGGACAAUGGCUCAAAUUUUGUAAAAUGUUUCAAAACAUUUGGUCAUAUAUUUGAUGAUGAAAAUACUGAUACAUUGCUAGUGAACGAUGCAUUUAAUGAUGAUUUAGAAGAAAUUGAUGCAAUCGACUUGAACAUUCUAAAUGAUAAAGAUGAACAUGAUUUUCAAUAUGUAUUACCAAAACACCAUCGAUGUUGUGCACAUACAAUAAAUUUAAUAGCUACAAUGGACUCUAAAAAAGCUUUGUCUAAUCCUGCAUACAAAAAACAGUCAAGAAGCACUUUCGCUAAGUCUACCGCUUUAUGGAACAAACAAGGUCGCUCAACUAAGUCAGCUGAUUUAGUUAAACAAAAUCUUGGCGUUUAUUUAAUUACACCAAACGAGACUCGUUGGAAUUCACUGUAUGACGCAGUGGUGUUGCUUAAUAAAUUAAUUAGAAAUAAUGAGCCUAAGUUUAGAAUAAUAAUGGAUGAAUUGUCUAUUGGCCGAUUUAAUAGAAGCGAUAUUGAUUUCAUGUGUCAAUAUCAAAAAAUUAUGGGGCCAAUUUCAAUAAGCUUGGAUUUACUCCAGGGUGAUACUAACAUGUAUUUUGGUCAUCUCUUACCUACAAUUGAAGAAUUAAUUUAUAAAUAUGAACUAAUGAUGACAAAUGAUGUAACAGUUUCUAAUUAUAUGAAACCUUUGGUGAAUGCCAUACUUAAUGGUAUAAAAACAAGAUUUGCCGAUUAUUUGAUAGACAAAUUUUUAAUUACUGCUGCAGUCUGCCACCCACUAUUUAAAACAGCAUGGAUUAAAAAUGAUAUAAAAAAACAAUUGGCCUCAGAAUAUUUCAAAAGUGCAUGUUAUGAGUUAGACGAGUUACAUUCCAAUGAUAAUGACAAUAGUGAUGUAGAAGAUAACCAAAUGAUUGAUAAUUUAUCUAGCUUUUUUACCUGGUCACAAAAUUCCAGAGAAGAAAAAUCAACAGUUAGUGAUGAAAUCGAUAGGUUUUUGGGCACAUCUCCAACAAAGACAUUAGAAUGUUUGCAUAAUUUACCCACUAUCAAAAGAGUAUUUAUGAAGUACAACACUCCACUACCUAGCAGUGCGUCAGUAGAGAGAGUGUUUAGUGUUGGUGGUGCAACAAUAACAAAAAAAAGAACAAAUAUGACAGAUAAGCAUUUUGAACAAAUAAUGUUCUUAAAAUGCAACACUCAAAUAUUUGAUUAA